CUCCCUAUCCACAUCCACCUCUACCUAGCUUAUCCUUGGUUCAUGGUACUUUGCUCCUCCCGCAUAGCCAUAUUCACAUCUGCUACACGCCCUACAUCAGCCUUCCCUAGACGCUAUCUCGCCUCGGCAGACGCUUGCAGUCUCCUUCGUACGCGCCUCCACAACCCUGCCCAGUCUCUCCGGACCUCUGUACAAAAGCCAAAGCGAGCUUCCUCUUCUCUCUUUCCUCGCCACACCACAUUCCCUUCAACCAAACACUUUGCUGAUCGCACAUUCUCAUCUACUGUCGCAAGUAUGGGAGCCGUCGCUACUGAAAGAGUCGAUACCACCGCUCGGGUUGCUCACCUCAGGGCCCUAAUGGCACAGCAGGAGGUCCAGGCCUACGUCAUUCCUUCUGAAGACGCACAUGCAUCCGAGUACCCUCCCGAGUCUGAUCUGCGAAGAGGCUUCAUCACCGGGUUCACUGGAAGCGCCGGCACAGCCAUCGUCACCACCACACCCCCUAUCACCGGCGAGGCUGCGACCCAGGGCGGAAAGGGAGAGCCAGAAGCGCUCCUAUUUACAGAUGGCAGAUACUUCCUUCAGGCUGCACAGCAGCUUCAACCCGAGGUCUGGAAGCUCAUGAAGCAAGGCGAAGAGGGGGUACCUACUUGGACAGAAUACCUCACAGGGCAUCUUCCGCAGGAUACCGUGAUCGGCAUUGAUCCAGCUCUGUUGGCCGUGUCCGACUAUCAGACACUGGCCAAAGACCUUGCCAAGCGCGGCUCCUCCCUCAAGUCGCUGCCAUCGAACCUUGUCGAUGAAAUCUGGGACGCCAUUCCUUCGAAUGAGCCCGGCGCUCGACCUUCGGCGUCCAGGCAAGAAAUCUUUGUGCAGCCCCUAAAGCAUGCAGGCAAGUCAGUCUCUGAGAAAGUCAAGGAGGUGAGAGCAGACUUGGAGAAGCUGUCCAAGGACAAGGCCAAGGACGACGUCAAGAUUGUGGGCUACGUGGCCACCAUGUUGGACGAGGUUGCCUGGCUCAUGAACCUCAGAGGUACCGAUGUGCCUUACAACCCCGUCUUCUUUGGAUUCGCUGUCGUGCCCAUCGAGGGCAAGGGCAAAGCAACAGUCUACCUCGAAGGCAGCAAGCUGACUUCAGAUGCCAAGGAGCAGCUGCAAGAGUCUGGCGUGGAGGUGCAACCAUACGAGGCCUUCUAUGCAGACCUGGCCGCACGCGGAAAAGAACAAGGCCAAGGCGAGAAGAUGUUGGUGGGUCAAAGAGCAUCAUUAGCUGUCUCAGAUGCUCUAGGUGGUUUGUCCAAGGUCCAGAUCGAUCGAUCGCCAGUGAUCGACCUCAAGUCCGUCAAGAAUGAAGUGGAGAUUGACGGCUUCAGGCAUUCGCACAUCGUGGAUGGAGCUGCUUUGGCGAAUUACUUUGCUUGGCUAGAGGGAGAGCUCACCAGUGGAAAGACGGUCAGCGAGUAUGAGGGCUCAGAAAUUCUCAAGGAGUUCCGAGCGAAGAUGCCCGGCUUCAAGGGCGAAUCUUUCACAACCAUCUCUUCUACCGGCCCCAAUGCUGCAAUCAUUCACUACAGUCCCAGUCCUGACAAGAGCACUACCAUCGACAAGAGCAAGAUCUAUCUCUGUGAUAGCGGUGCCCAAUUCGUCGAUGGUACCACCGAUGUCACUCGUACACUUCACUUCGACCCCGCUGCCGAGGACCCCCAGACUUUGCAGACUAUCAAGACGGCCUUUACCCGCGUGCUCCAAGGCCACAUUGCCAUUGACCAGGUCGUCUUCCCCAAGGGAACGACGGGAUACGUCAUCGAUGCUCUGGCGCGAAAGGCUCUAUGGGAGGAGGGUCUCGACUACCGGCACGGUACCGGGCACGGUGUGGGCAGCUUCUGCAAUGUGCACGAGGGUCCUGCCGGCAUCGGUACACGCAUCGUCUUCAAUGAGACGCCCCUCAAGGAUGGAAUGGUGUUGAGCAACGAGCCUGGCUACUACCAGGACGGACAAUGGGGCAUCCGUAUUGAAAAUCUCGUCAUUGUACGACCGGCAAACACCCGCAACAACUUUGGAGGCAAGGGCUUCCUAAAGUUUGAACACAUCACACUCUGCCCUAUUCAGACGUCGCUGAUCGAUGCUUCUCUUCUGAGUGAAAAGGACAAGGUGUGGAUCAAUGCCUACCACGAUGAGGUCCUUGCAAAGGUCGGACCUGUGCUAAAGGAGCAGGGCAGCGAGGGUGAACUGGGUCUAAAGUGGCUAGAGAGGGAAUGUGGGCAGCGCGUCUAGAAAGAGGUUACAAGAAGAAGAACCUUAUUAUAGCAUUGUCAGAAGAAGGAAAUAAUACAAAGAGUGAUUGUGAACAAUGACAGGAGUGAGGGAGCGUCUGAAAGGCCAGACAGACUACAGAAAGUAGUACUGUCGCAACUCCAACCCGCCCCUUUUUUUUCUUAGGUUCGAAUAUCACCCAGUCCAUGUCCAUCUACUCACUUCCGUCCAAUCAUC